GGAUUGGAUCGGGGGCUUAACGGGCCUCGAUCAUCCGCGUCAUCUCGCGGCGGGGGCCGGAGAGCGCUCGCUCCGCUGUUGUAGCUCCUGCAUCCUCGCCGAGGAAGCCAUGGCCGAGGUGCCCCCCUUGGUCAAGAUCAAGGUCUCGCUCAAGAUCCAGCCCAACGACGGGCCCGUCUACUUCAAGGUGGAUGGCCAGAGGUUCGGCCAGAACAGGACCAUCAAGCUACUCACGGGGGCCAAGUACAAGGUCGAGGUGGCGCUGAAGCCCGGGACCAUCCAGGCCACGACCAUGGGGAUAGGGGGCGUGACUGUUCCCCUGGAAGAGACCUCAAGAGAACCCCAGGUUGUUACUUAUUCUGGGAUCUAUGAUACAGAAGGAGUUACUCACACCAAAAGUGGGGAGAGGCAGCCCAUACAAGUCAACAUGCAGGUCACUGACAUUGGUGCUUUUGAAACCGUCUGGCAAGUCAAAUUCUACAACUACCACAAGAGAGAUCAUUGCCAGUGGGGGAACAGUUUUGGAUGCAUCGAGUAUGAAUGCAAACCCAAUGAGACACGUAGCCUCAUGUGGAUCAACAAAGAAACCUUUUUCUGAAGCAAAGCAGGACAGUUGUGGCUGGACCUUCUCUUGGUAAAAGAACCGAUCUUCAAGCCAGUAUGAAGCCUUAACGGAGGCACUCUGUCCAGAUGUUUCUCUUUAACAAGCAAGACUACAAUCACAGCUCCCUGGGAAUAAGUUUCUUUUGAAAUGGUUGAGGCUUGUUUCCAAAUGUUCAAGAUGUGUGCACACAAAAAAAAAAAAAAAAAAAAGUUACUGGGAUUUAAACAUUUACUGCGUACCCCCACCCCGACUCUAAACUGUUCUCACUUCCAGUAUAGUAUGGCAGAUCCAGAUAUUGCAUAAGGCUCCCCAUGGUAUAAUAAUCUUUGGAUGUGAUGCUGUUUGUGACCUACCAGGAAUCAUUGUUCUAAGGUUCAACCGCUACACGCUGGUGGCAGCCUCUGUAUUUUAUUUGUAUUAAAUCUCUGUGCUCCUUCAUAUUAGUGAGUGUGUGCUACAAUGUGAACUAGCUACUGCUGUGCCAUAAACCCAGGUACCUUCUCCCUCCUAUUGACAUAUGCCUGCCGUGCUAUGCAGCAAGCGGGCAAACUGCAGGUGACUCUACAUCCAGUGACUCAAUAGGUCCAAAGCUUAAUUUGCUUCGUUUUCCUGGCUGUGCGUGUGCUUGUGAUGGUGGGGAAGGGGGAUUGUUGAACGUUGUAUAAUAUUCUGACUGGCUCUCCUAUCAUGAGUUUUGUUGGGUUUCCCAGGCUCUGAAGCAGCCCUUAAAACCCUCAGUGGUGAUGGAAUUCUUGACAAACACCUAAGAAAAUGGCCAAGCAAUAUAUCUGUGGAUUUUAGUUGUAUGUGUAUAUUGCGAAUUUGCUGUAAUUAAGUGUAAUGUACAAACACCAAGCCCAAUGAGUUUUGAGAUGACCUGUUCCAACUGUAUUUUUAUAUGUAAAAUGAAAUAAACUUGGCUACCAGUCACUUUUGACCUGCAGCAGCAGUUCUGUUGCACCAAACAGCAAGCAGCCUUUCAGGUCAAAUCUCUAAUGCAAUGAGUCUUCCUUAGUCAAAGGAAAGCCACGUUUGCAUAAGCUCACGCAGGACUGUGAACUGUGGUGCUACCUCCUGCGCACAUCUGUUUACAGCUCCAGGGCAAAUGAGAAGCACAUAGCAGACAGAACAAAUCAAAUGCUGGCAUGGAUGGUGCGUUUCUUCUCUCUCCUGCUGUACUGGGUUAAGGUGGUUAUGUAUCUGCAUUACCAUAUGUAUCACCUCUACCUGUAUUCGUCAUGUGAACCAUCUAUCAAUCGUUUCAAGAUUUGAUCUUUGUAAUAAAACAGUGUUUCCUGUA